AUGGACGGCCACGAGUACUGCCCACCCCUGAAGCGUCGCGGCAGCGUCACCACCGAAGUGGACAGCUCGUCGGAUGAGAUUGAAGAACGAAAGAGAUUAUUCGCCGAAGUGGAUGAGUUGCGGCGCCAGAAUAAGCAACUGGAGGGCAAAACGAUGCGACAGCAGGAACUAAUCCUGAAUUUUUACCGGAAUGACAGCCGUGUUCAGCUCGAAGUAAUUCGGACCAACGAAUCGGCGAUUCAGAGAAAUCGUGAACAGGAUGCACAGUACCAACGCCUUACGCAACAAUUAAAAAAGGCAAAUGAGAGGGCUGAAGAAAAUCACCGGAACUACACUGCCAUGAAGCAGGACCGGGACCACCAUUCAGAGCAGGCGGCCAACUGGCAAAAAAUUGCCAUGGAAGCCCAGAACCAGCUGGCUCAUCUACGGUGCUCGAGACGCCUGUCCAACGAGAAGCCGCAA